CCCUCAGAGGCCUGUUGGAGCUGCCUUGCCUUCCUCUCCUUCAAGAUGCUGGAUAGAAGGAGGGCUCUUCUCUUUUUCAUGGAAGGCCUGCUGGAGCUGGGAAUUCCUCCUGGACAGAAGGAUUUUUCACCAGUGGACAUGGAGCUUUCUGCCAGCGAUCUUAGCAUUUAUGAUAAACUUUCUGAGACCAUUGACUUGGUGAGACAGACUGGUUAUCAGUGUGGUAUGUCUGAAAAAGCCAUUGAGAAAUUCAUCAGACAACUCUUGGAAAAAAAUGAACCUCAAAGGGGACCCACACGCUACCCCCUCUUGAUGUUUCUCUAUAAGGGCCUGGUUACUCUGGGGUUAGUACUUCUGACUGCAUACUUCAUGAUUCAGCCACAUACCCUUUCAGUCCCUGAAACUACCCUCUCGAGAGCCCAUGCGUGGGGCUCCCUCAUGAAUCAUAUCCGCCUGCUGUCUUUACCCAUUACCAAGAAGUAUAUGCUGGAAAAGUGUCAAGAUUGGUUGGGCUUAGGCUGUAGACAGAAUACAUCUCUGCCUGCCAACUGCUCCUGCUGCUGUUCCAUGAAGAACCUUGUGGCAGUGGCUGACCUAGAGCAACUAUCAGAAAAGCUUCUGCAACCUCAGCUACUUUUGAUCAAGACAGGGCAAUAUCGGUCUUAUGCGGAAAUGAAAUAUUUCCAGCAUCUAUAUCCUGAAUUGACAGAUUUUGUGGUACAAGAGGAUUCAUCUGAGAUAUGGAGCAACCAUCCAAGGCAGAGACUGGCAUUUCAGAUGUUCAAGCAAAACCAUCUGAAUAAAACCCAGAUUCUGCAAGACAUGUUCCCCAUCUUCUCGUCACUGCUGUAUCCAAAGGCUAUUUCUCUUGAAAACUGUUUCCUCAUCCGCCACCCGCGGCUUCAGGACAAGACCUACAGGCUGCAGAGUGUCUUUGUGGUUGGGAGUGGCCAACUUACCUUGAAUGUUAUCCCUUCUUCAUUGUGUAGAGAACAUUGUGAAGCUCUGGUGGUGGAAUUGGAAGCUGGGGAUAUUGGUUUUGCAAAUGUGGAUUAUUGGACAACAAGCUUCAACUGCAAGGGAUCAGAACCCACUGUAGUUUGUGAUGGAUCUGCCAGUUAAAAGUUGUGAUAAACAAGACCAUUGAAGUACAUACAAACUCAGGAUCACAGAAGAGGAAGCAAGAGUGCAGAAGAGAGGAUGAUGCUUUAGCCACAAUUUCCAGGAACGUGUUUGCUCCUGUUCUUUGCAACUGCAGUGACGGAAGGUCUGCACUUUCAAAAGGCAUAUUCUGGCCUCCUAUGUUCCUUUGGCCUUUCCCUCAAAUGUUUGAUAGAGCUUUGGGAAUGCUUUCUCUCUUAUAUUCUAUAGGUUUGUCUUUAAAACCAGGUGAAAGGGUUUUGACAUGGGGAGAGAUCUGUACUACAUUCUUUGUGAUACAUGCUGUCUUUUGACACUGAAGAGGAAACCUUACAGUUCUCACUAAACACUUAUUUCCACACAUCUUGGAGAGGUAACAUUAUUAGCACUGAUGGGUCUGUUUCUGCAUCCCUUUUGCAUAAUAAUUAAACUUCUGAAAUGCCAUUUGUAAUCCAGGGAUACAACUGUCCCCUGAACAAAUGUAUGCUCAGGUUCUGGUUCUGUGUUACAGAACAACUUUAUCCACAGUUGUAUUUUUCCCACUUGCCUUGUUGUGAUGAUACUCAUACGUUAUCACAAUUUUCAGGCAUUCUUCUCACUAAAACAAACAAACAAACAAAACAAAAACAAGCACUGUAUCUUUGCUAACCCAAACACUGAUGUGUCUUUAUGUAAUCCUUCGAAUGUGUGUGGUUUAGGUAGAGUUUGUAUAGCUGACAAGGAACACUGCACAUUUUUUCUCCAUUUUUCUUCAAUAAUAUUGGAAUGCAUAUUUUUGUUGCUUCCAUGCUCUGUGUCAGUUUAAUGCCAAGUCCAAGAUUGUUUGAAAGUGACUAAUAAUUGCAUCAAGCAGCCAAUUUUGCUAGAGGUUGACUUUUUCUUUUCUCCCGCUCCUCUCGCUAAGAACAUCCUGAGCACUAUUCUGUUAUAAAUUAGGCCUUUUUGUGGUGUCUGAGCUAGGCACCUCAAGCUAACCAGUCACUUCGGUCUUCUCUGAUUUUGUCCACCUGAGCCUGGGAAACUAUACAUUGAAAGUUUUCCAUACAAAUUUUGCUUGUUAUUCUGUCCAACUGAUGGGUGGAUGCUUUGUAGGCAGAAUUAGAGUAAGGACAUUCCUAAAUAUCUCUGCUGUCAAUAUGGUUGCCCCUCUCCUCUUUCUCUGUGUUUUGAUAAUGUUUUCACCAUCGAGGUCUUAAAAUGCAUGUUUAUUCUCAAGCAUCUUCCAGGUUUUAUGCAUUUCCUCCUGUUGCUCAUGGGCUCAGCUGGCCAGUGUCUUUAGAGAGGAUCAGUUUCAAGCAUCAGUUUCUCUCCAGUUCUAAUGGUGCUUCCCAGGAGUGGAUAUUUAGGGUCCUGCUGGGUUAAGAUAACUUGCAGAUGUGUCAGGCUGAAGUUGGAGCACAACAGUCAAGGCUGAAGCAUACAUUUUAAGAUGUUUUGUAUGCUUUGGGGGAUUCUUUUGUUUUCAAACAAGUUGACUUUGCUUUUACAAACAAGAAGCAAUUUUUUUCAUUUGUAAAUGUAGGUCAUUUUCAAAAAAGGGAUGAAAAUGCUGUAUUUUUCAUCUGUAGAAAAUUAGGUUGGAUCUAUAAUGAAUGGUCUUAUAGUAGCCAUUAAUGAUCCCUGUCCAAAUCAGAUUCCCCAUUCUCUUGGGUAGUGUUCAGAUAGACAAUGGUCGCCCCAUCCUGGCUCCUAUUUAUAUAAUACAAUCAGCCCUCCACAUGUGCUGGUUUAACAACCAUGGAUCUGGUUAUUCAUGAGUUUGCCAUUGCCUUGCCCCACCCACUUUCCAGGAUGUUGGUUCAGCUUCCUUGGCCCAUACAGAUAAGAGUGUAAACUGAAUUAAGCCUCCCCAAACUGUUGCUCUUUCUGUGUUCCUACCUCUGUGGGUUGAAGAGCACAAGGAGUGCAUGCCUGGGAAGUGGCCACCCCUGCUCCUCUCCUGAGGCAGCCUUGGGCUUAAGAAAGUGUGAUGGCAGUGG